AUGUGGCGUCACGCUGUGGCCAGACACCAUGACAACGUGGUAACAUUGCGAUUCGAUUGGUAGUUGUUUGCUCCACAACUUCCGGAGAUUGCGAUUUAACUAGUUUCUUAACAGAGGGAAAAAUGCCGAAAAAAGUUCUGAAGUUAACAGUGCAUCUGAAAAUCCAGGCGGUUACAUGUCCUGGAGUAUACCUAUCGGAAAAGGAUGAUGUCUACGUCAGUGUUUGCAUGUUAGGAAAAUUCCAGAAAACCAAAUUUCUCCCUUCUAUCUUUCCAUUGACCUUCAAUGACAAAAUGAAGUUUGAAAAGAGCUUUCCAGAAGCUAUGAAUCCAGGGGAUGUUGCAGACAUGCUGGAAAUAGACACAACAAAAUUUGAAUUGAUACAACUGACUCCACCAGUGGGUGAAACACUGUCUAUUUAUGAGCAGAACACGAGGGAGUUUCUUUAUCCGGGUCAGAGGCUAACACCAAGCUAUCCAGGAAUGGACAGAGAACUAUUAAUGAAAAGAUCAAUUGAUUUUCCUGGUAUAGCUCCCCGACUAGAAUUUUCAACAACAUCAAUUAUCAAAGAAUGCCUACUCAACCCUAUACAAAUAGAAUAUGCGGAGAACAAUAUGAAGUUGGAAACACAGACCUCCCCAGUCAGACAAUCUUUGACAAAAUCAUCUAAGAGGAAAACUUGCCUUGCAGAAUGCCCAAGAAAGUUCAGCAAACAUAACCGCUACGAGGAACCUACAAUCGCAUCCCAGACACGGUCUCCAUCACCAUAUACCAAAAGACGAAUGGCAGCACUUUCAGAGGAAGCAAAUCAGAGACUUGCGCACCUAAAUCUAGGACCUUAUGAAUUUAAAAAGACAACCACUAGCAAGCCUCCAUUUGUAAUAAGACAUAUUGAUCAUAAGUUGUUGACCACUGAUGAUCUAUGCAUUAACACAUCCAUUUAUCCUAAACCGAAUUAUCAGAAGAGUUGGCCUCUGAGUUCAUCAUUUUAUGAUGAUCCAUCGCUACGUGGAAGUUACAGACCCAACAAGACUUCAGAAAAUGCCAUCAAGAAGCCUCAUGAGAAAGAUCUAGAUGUUUUUUCUGAAGGCACUGAUGCACAUAUUAUGUCAGGACCAGCUGGCAGACAAUUCUCUCCUGCGACGGUAAUGAACUGUUCAGCAUCAUCAUAUUUCCAGAAACAAAGCCCUAUCUUAAAGCGAUUAUCUCUUCGAGAGAGAUUUUAUCCAGAGCCCUCUACACCAACAAAAUGGGAAGAGAUCCAUCAACGAGUAAUGAAUGUUUUGAAGACGAGCAGUGCAAGGCAAAGGCUGACAUUUGAUUCUACAGCUGACACAGAUUAUCUUUCGGGUAGAAGAUCUGUCUCAUCUAUUGAUUCACUGAAUGAUACAACAGAACAUCUCAGUUCAGCACUCCAGCAUAAUGCAUCUGUACAUCUGGGUGAUGGUGAUUAUUGGUCGAAUCGUGCUGCUCUUUAUAAAGGAAAGUCUCACAGGGCAAUUUUUGAAGAAAGUCUGGAAAAGAUCUAUAGAAAUAUGUACAAGAAAGCUGCUGAAAACACAUGAGGAUUAUAUAGACCAGUAUAUUUCAGACCGGUCAUGACAGAAAUGGUGCUUUUUCUUAUUCAGUGUGUGAGCAUUAUAAUUGAUAAAUGUUAAUUGAUAAUUGCUUGUAUUAUUAGUUUGUUUUGUGUAUGCAGCAAAAAUUAAUGAUGCUUGGGUUUUACACCAAAAUAUUAAUAUAUAUUGUGACUUACUACUUGAAGAGUUUGGAAGAACCGAUAUUUGAUAAGAUACUUGAAAUAUACAAAACAAAAUAAAUACUUAGAUCAAAGACAAUCUGGUGGGGAAAAAAUCUCUGCCUGAUAUCAAAAAAAAUUCACUCAACAGUAUGGCACAUUGCAUUGAUUAACCAUGUUAUGUAAAAGAUUGACUGUCAGUAAAAGGCAGAGGUCUGCAAUGAUGGAAUAUUGAUUUCCAGGAAGUGUAAAUGUAUUUAAAAGGUCUUAAGUUUUGUAUAUACUAAACAUUAUGGACUAAUAUUUAAAUCAUUUUAGAAUUCACAUAUAUUUACAUAUUAUUAACAGCUUCAAAUUAUGGAUUUUGUUUUGCGUUAUUUUUGGUUUUGUAGUUGUUGUUGUAGCAAAGGUAUCUUUACCAUUAUUUUCACUGAAUAACUAUAUAUUAUUAUAAGAGAUCUAAGUGUUUAUAUAUGGCUUAAUUGGUAAACUUACUGGGCCUACAGAAUGCUCAUUUUGUGUAUGUGGAUUGUAAUUUCCUUACCUAAAUAUUGCAAAAUAUAAUGGCGUUUACAGAA